UAAAAUGAUUUCACCUUAACAAUAGUUUCAUUGUACUUUUAAUGAUUAAGGACCAUCAUCACUACUGUAAUUUCAUCAUUGCUUUUGAGACUCUUUUAUUGUUUAAAUUGUUUCAAUUGUUCAAUUAGUUUCUCAAGUAUAACAAUUAGGGGAGUCUUAGUGUACUAACAAGUAUUAAUAGUUAAUACAAUUACCAAAUUAAAUCACUCCCAUUUCCUGGCCUAGUAGGCUUGCUAUAUAUUCAAUUGAUUCUAAUUGUGAUUAAAAUUGGUUACAUUUGUUUUCCUUGUUUUAUUUACCAAAACACUUUGGAUAUUGUUAAGUUACCAUUUUGAAAUUCAUCUUAAUUAUUUCAUAUUCUCGACUUAAAAUAGUUAAUUGUGAACAUGAUUAACCUAACAGGUAAAGUUGCUCUAAUUACUGGUUCGAGUGAUGGUAUUGGUGCUGCUACGGCCAUUCUGUUUUCGUCUCUUGGUGCUAAGGUCGCGAUCGUUGGUCGGACUCAAAGUAAAUUGGAUAAAGUUUCAAGUGAAUGUCAAUCUAAAUCUCCUAAUGGAUUAAAACCAAUUGUAAUCCAAGCGGAUUUCGAGAAAGAUGAAGAUGUAAAGAGGACUUUUGAUGAGACAAUUAAAGCUUAUAAUCAAUUGGAUAUUCUGGUUAACAAUGCUGGUGUCGUUUCUACCAAAGGAUUUACUGAUUGUGAUUCUCUUGAGGAUUAUGAUCGAGUGAUGCAGAUCAAUGUUCGAGCAGUUAUAAUAUUAACUCGAUUGGCCAAAGAUCAUCUUGCUCAGGCUAAAGGGGCCAUAGUUAAUGUUUCGAGUAUCGCCAGUCAAAAACCACAUGCUGUAUUUUGGUCAUAUUGUAUGUCGAAGUCAUCGCUCGAUAUGUUCACUAAAUCUAUGGCUUCAUUAUUGGCACCCGAGAUUCGAGUUAACUCCGUCAAUCCUGGCCCAGUUCGAACCAAUAUACUUGAUUUCUUCGGUAAAGGAGACGGCAUUUGGGAUGAAAUGGUCAAGGAAACGGCUCUUAAUUGUGUCGGAGAAUCAGCGGAUAUCGCCAAGUUAAUUGCUUUCCUUUCUUCUGAUGCUUCCAAAAAUAUGACGGGUUCAAUUGUCGUCUCUGAUUCUGGCCUAUUGGUUAACGAUCCUCACAAAACGAUGACUUUCAAUUAGAACCAGAAAAAUAUCCACACUAAUUAAGUUGGAUUUUUCUUCAACAUUCUAAUGAGCUUCAAGCAAUCAAUUCCAAUUUCGCUCUCGAUUAGCUUCUUGUAUCUUCAACAUUAAACAUUUUUAAGCUACUCAAUGAAA